AUGGCCGAACAUAUAGAUGGUUCUCGCUUGGAUACCGAUCUUCGCUAUCGAUUCGACUAUUUAUCCAAGUUUCUCAACUUCACUUCCGAUGACAUCAUUGCGUUAAACACCCUCGCUCGUGUCGCCACACCAUUGAUCAACUCCGUGGCUGAAAUCAUCUAUCAGAAACUAUUAGAAUAUGACAUCACGAAAAACUACUUUCUUCGCACUACUCAUGACUUCAAAGGCACAAUGACGACCGAUGGAAAUCAACUCACACUUCAGUCCGAACAGAUCUUGUUUCGAAUUCAUAGCAUUCGCAAAUAUCUCUGUCGAAUCUUACGACAAUCGACAUGGAAUGAUGCAUUUCUCGAAUACAUCUCGAACGUCGGCAAAAUUCACACAAACUUAGCUGGAACACAUUCGAUCGAUGUCGAUUACAUACACGUGAACGCUUUGUUCGGAUAUUUGGAACAUGUGUUGAUCGAUGGCGUGAUUCAUCAUGAUGAAAUCGACGAAAGACGGAAGAACGAAAUCAUCAUAGCUUUGAACAAGUUAUUCUGGAUUCAAAAUGACUUCUUCUCUAUGCAUUAUCUCAACGGAUCAAAGAAAGGAAAUAACGACAAGAAGGCAAAGUGA